CACGCGCUGGCCGCGCUGGGCGCGGCGGGCGGGCUGCUGCAGCUGGCACCCGCGGCGGCCGGGGGGGCCGCGGCGCCCAGAGAGCUCUCCGACGAGGUGCCCAGACAGCCCGCGCAGGACGAGGCCCCAGGCGGGCCAGCACGGGCGAGGAAGCCAGGAGCGCUAUCUUUUCGCCGCGCGCGGCCCCCGUGGGGGGCCCUUGCCGGGCCCCGGGGCCGCCAGAGAGCGGCGCUCGGGACGAGAUGUGCCGGCCUGGGGCACGCGGCACAGCUGGCCGUGCUGGGGGCCCUCCGCGAGGGCAGCCCAGAGCUCGAGGUGCUCACGCUGCAGCCGACGCAGCUGUGCGCGGAGCCCUUCGACGCCCCGGGCGCCGUCGGCGCCGCGGCGGCGCUGCUCUUGCUGGCAGGGCGGCAGCACCUGCGCACCCUGCGGCUCUGCUGGUGCGGGCUCGGCGACGAGGGGGGCGGCCAGCUCGCAGAAGUCCUCGCCGGCGGGGGCCUCUCGGGCGGCCACGACCGCGCGCGCCUCAGGCUCGUGGACCUCUCGCACAGCGACGUGGGCCCUCGGGCGGCCGGGGAGGUGGCGGCCGCAGUGUACCUGCACGCGCCGCGGCUGGAGCGGCUCAGGCUGGUGUGAGCGGGGCGCUGGGCGCCGAGAUCAGAGGAGAGGCGUCGCUUGGCACGGACGUCGCAGACGGGGCCUCGGAUCGAGCCGUGACCUUCGCGCCGGAGGAAGGUUGCCGAGGAGAAUAUCGAGAAGAGCCGCCACGACCACCUCGAGGACAGCGCGCCCGCCAGCGGCGGCGGCGUGCGGCCGUGAGCGCCCGCGGAGCAUCAGGGAGCCGCAGCCCGAGCAGGGGGAGGGCCCAGCACGGUCUCAGAGAUGCCAAGGCCCGCGAAGAGGUGAUUGUUGCCCGCGUCGGCGGAGGGGUGGCCCGUAAGGCUGACCGAGAGAGUCCGUGCGCUCCCUGCCGACCCGAGGGUUCAAAUGGCCGCUGCCGCAGAGCCUGCUGGUCGUGUGUUGUUCCAUGUUUCCGCGCCCGCAGCAGGGAGAAGCCGUGCACGUUCGACCCACGGGCGCUCGAAAGUCGAGGCGAACGUCCAUCUUGACACGAGGUGCACGAAGGACGCAAUUGACUAUCGUGCGGGCGGCGAGCUGUUACGUACAGUCACAGGGAACCGCGCGUCGAGUGUGAGCAUCGCCUGACGAGGAUCACAGGCAUAAGUAUGACCUGAGGAGUUGGACGACGGUGCGUAUCCUCGGCUGGAUCAAGCCGAGAUGUGGGCGGCCUCUUGACGUCAUGAUGGGCAUCCUCCGUGCAUGGCGAGACUGCGUGGCAGCUGUGCUCUGCAGCCCCCUCACCUCGUUGAUAAUACGUUGGAUGGUGCACGGGAGCCUCAGGCGUUUCUCAGGGGGAUGUUCUUCGGAGAUCGGGAUGCGGCAGCAAGUUUUGCCGCCUGUCGGGCUGGCCACUGCUGCUGAACACGACGGUCAUCAGUUCGAGUCAGGCAACCCCUCGAGUAAGGCCAGGCGCACUGGUUGAAGUAGCCUGGCAAGUGCAUUAAGUGGCCGCAGCAGCAUCACGCACAGUUGUUUUGAAGCAUCAAAAUGAGGUAUCCGCGUCGUGCCUUCCACAGCGCACCAACCAACACCACGUAUCAACCAGUGUUACAUGAUCCCCAAUGCAAUCACCAUGCCGCAACACGUACUCUGCGACUGUAGUGUUUCACCUUGGUAUCUUAGCCAUUGUACAUAUGAUAAGUUCUUUCUAAGUUUGCCCCAGGUUACAGCAUUCAGGGUGGGGUAGAAGUUGGACCGCUGCCAGGAGAAGUUGCGAGCAAGGGGUAAGAUCGUGUGCGAGA